AAUGUGAUUACUGUGGAAAGAGAUAUGAUGAGGAUUUCUUUGAACAAUGGAAAUUGCACGAGAGUUCAUUGCUGGUUGGUUUGCAGGUUGUGCAGGAGUUGUUGUUUCACAGCCAAUGGAUACUGUGAAGGUGAGAAUGCAAGUUUUGAAUGUGGGAACCAAGCAAGGUGCAGGCAAUUCAUUCUCAUGCUUUUUCAACAUAGUGAAACAUGAAACGGUGUUUGGUUUGUUUAAAGGGAUGGCACCACCUCUAGCUGCCGUGGCCCUACAGAAUGCCAUAAUAUUUGGAGUGUAUGGUAAUGUGAUAACCAUGUUAUCUGCUAAGGAGGAUGAGAAGACAUCACUAUCUCAUGUUUGCAUUGCUGGAGCUGCCUCAGGCGCAGCUCAGGUCUGGGUGGUGUGUCCCAUAGAACUUAUUAAGAUUAAACUACAAAUGCAAACUGAAGCAAUGGAAAUUGCACGAGAGUUCAUUGCUGGUUGGUUUGCAGGUUGUGCAGGAGUUGUUGUUUCACAGCCAAUGGAUACUGUGAAGGUGAGAAUGCAAGUUUUGAAUGUGGGAACCAAGCAAGGUGCAGGCAAUUCAUUCUCAUGCUUUUUCAACAUAGUGAAACAUGAAACGGUGUUUGGUUUGUUUAAAGGGAUGGCACCACCUCUAGCUGCCGUGGCCCUACAGAAUGCCAUAAUAUUUGGAGUGUAUGGUAAUGUGAUAACCAUGUUAUCUGCUAAGGAGGAUGAGAAGACAUCACUAUCUCAUGUUUGCAUUGCUGGAGCUGCCUCAGGCGCAGCUCAGGUCUGGGUGGUGUGUCCCAUAGAACUUAUUAAGAUUAAACUACAAAUGCAAACUGAAGUGAAGCGAACCACUUCCACACGCUACCGUGGUGCCAUAGACUGCAUUCGCAAGAUUUACAGCACAUCUGGAAGCAGGGGGCUUUUUCAGGGAAUAACCCCGCUCCUUUUCCGAGAUAUCCCUGGCUAUGUCACCUACUUUGGAUCAUACGAAAUCCUACUAGAUUUACUGGCACAGAAAAAGUCACGUACUGAAGUAGGACCGCUGGCCACAGUUUUUGCAGGCGGUUUUGCCGGCAUGAUCGCUUGGGCUUCGACUUUUCCGUUUGACGUGAUAAAGUCGCGCAUGCAAGCGGAUGGAAAUGGUGGAACUUUCCUGUACAAAGGAGCAAUUGAUUGUUUUGUAAAAAACUACAAGACAAGCGGCCUAAGAGGUUUAUUCUCCGGCCUUGGACCUACUCUACUGCGAGCCUUUCCCACUAAUGCAGUCAUUUUCUAUGUGUAUAGCUUGGUUUCGGAUUUGUUUAAAGAGAGCCCUUUAACAUUGACUACAGACAUGGACUGAAAAAUCAGUCGAUACAAAGAUAUUUUUUGAAAUAUAUGAUUCCUUUGUUUUUAAAUUUACGCUACGUCUUAUCAGUUUCAACAGACCCCUCAAGCAUGUAAUGCUUUUAUUCUCAUCGUGUUCAAAUAAAGGAUCUUACUUA